AUGCCUGAACAACAGAGCGAACUGGAAAGAAUACGUAGACUGGUGAUUCCACCACUGCCACCCUUGGCUCUGUUGGAAAUAUGGGCAAGCGUGACGAUUUCUGAGCGUGUCCGAGUCGAAGAGAAGGAGAAGGAGGAUAAGGCCGCCACAGACAAGGAGUUGAAGGCUCUGGAGGUCAAGAUCAAGGCGUUGGAAGAGAAGUGGCUGACAAACAGUGAGGAGAUGCAGGCUCUGAAAAACAAAUAUGAAGAGCUUAAUUCAAAGGUCGAUGCUCUUGAUAGGGAGCUGAGAGGUCGGUCCAUCUAUGUGGUCCGAAUCUAA